GGCCCCGAAUGCUGGAGUUGCAACCGUCCGCUCGCUGUCUUACACACCGUAAUUUCUCAAGUAAAUCUGUGAAUAUACAGUAAUACUCGAAAGCUGCGCCAGAUGCUGGCUCAGUACUCCCCGUGGGGCAGGCCGGGGUGCGGGGCACCCAAUGCUGACGGGAUCCGCAAACGGAAGCUGCAUCUGCAGGGUCUCUUCGCCGAGGAGGACAAGAAAAAUCUGGGCGUCGUCUUGGGGCGAUCGUGGGCUGGCACACCACAGAGAGGCAACUCGGGACAACAGAAACCGCAGAGCAGCGCGUACAAGGCGGACCCGAUCCUGCGCUUCCAGUUCAAUGAACCUGUGCGGCGGUGCGUGGACAACGUCCUGAGGUAUCGGCGGAACAACCAGGACAAGCAGGCAUACCGGAAGGAACUAGAUGCUCUAGUUUCGGAGAAGCAGCGGGCCCAGGCCGAGGCGACGACCCGCGAAGCACAGCUGGAGCACAAGCUGGGCUGGAGUGAUGAGAACACAGUAAAAUAUCUCCAGAGGCAAGAGGCAAAACACAGGUGCCAGCAGAGACUAGCUACGGACGAUAAUCCUAGAAAGGUUCUCGGGGGUGUGGAGCUUGUACCGCUGCUAGCUCGCAGAAAAGCAGGGAACGGGAGAUAUCCCCUUUCCACCACAGACGUGACCAGGACUGAUCACAUCAAGGGGGCUGCAGAUUGUCAGCGCCCUGCAGGCAACCACGAAUACGUGCAGGGAUUAUCUCAACAAGUGUCUAGUAAGCAGCAGAGAGUCCAGCAAGCUCGCCAAGAGGAACUGGAGAGCUGCAGACGCCAUUUCGAAACCUGGCAGCAAUUGUGGGGGCGCCCGGGGCACGGGGCCCCACGCGAAGUCAAGGUAAAGGGCAACAUCGACGUCCUACUGCAUCGCCUUCCUGUCAAGUGAUGAGCUCGAAAGACUCUUGUAUUUCUGACUAUCAACUUCAUGAAAAUCCACUAGAAUAGUAAAGAUGCGCCUUGAAACUUUUAGACACACGAAGUUCUGUAGGUGCUGCCAUCUCUUGCGAUAGUUAUAAAAUUUGUAUAAAACAGUAUGACAUUCUAGAAAUAUCUCAUUAUAAUAUGAUGACGCCUCUUGAGGGUUUUAAUUAGAUCUUCGAUUGUGCUACCCUCUGUUCCAUUAAUGCCAAACUUCGUGACAAAUUUCAGUCACGGUGCAGUUAUUGCCAGAACACUGGUUCAUUUUAAAACUGCCUUGUGACAUUUAGUCCAUUUCGCUUUUAAUAUUCGUGAAACUCCCUGUACCGUGACAUUGUUGAGGAAAAUCAGAACUGUUCUUGUAACGGAGCAUUCCUAGAAGAAGAAUGCAUGUGGGAGGUGAGCAGAACUCACUCCCAUAUCUAUGAAGUAGACAGAGAUUUAACGUUGGCGUUUAUAGCAGUUUUUCUCGUAGCGUAGCGAGUCGCAUAAUGAAGUCCGACGACAGGAUAGAUAAAUCAAUCUUGCUGAAAGGCUGUGCGGUUACAUGCAGGUCAUGAGGUCGCUAGAGGCGAGGCACUGGUGUCAAAGUGAAAUUGAACACAGAUGUUGAUUGACGGAGAUUUUGAAAAUCUGCACGUGUUCAAAUAUCACCAGCAGCAAGUGCAAUGACAGGGGAAAAGGGAAAAGCCAAUCGCAUCACAUAAUUGCACAAACAUAUAAACAAUAUUUGUAAGUACAUUCUGCUCCCAUGAUAGCAAUAUAGCGCACGGGCUUAGGCAACACAUCAGCUGAAGUGUGGCUCCGUCUAGCGGGAUUGGGAGGAACUAAAUAUUUGCGAAUGACACUGGCAGAACAUAAUAG